CCCCAUUAGCCUGCUGUGUGGGAGAUGGGAGGUUAGCUUGACUAGACUGACUGUCAGUGUGUGUACAUAUUUCCCUAGCUAUGAAAGAAGCAAGCUGUCAAUGCAGCCUGUUACUGCUGUUAUACUGUCUGCUGCUUGCUGAGCCAGCAUUGAGCCAGUCACUAUGUGAGCCUCCUCCGAACUCAGUCGUCACAACGACCAACACGAGCACCCCCUCCUUCGAGAUGUCGUGCAUGGUUCCCCCUCACCUUGUACUGGAUGCCAUCACCAACACCACGUGGCAGUGGAACAAACUAACAGCAGAUAACAUGGUGGAAGAGGCACUCACAGCCAUCACUAGCACUACCCCAGAGGCCUCACUAUACAUGCUGAGUGUGGAGUGCUCUAGGGGAGGUUUUUACGAGGCAAUGUACACGGCCCCCAAUGGCUCCUGUCUGCACGUCUGCUUGUUUAUUGUGGAGGUUGAAGAGGUCAGAAUGGCUGUGAUUCAGGGUGUCUUCAACAAUUAUCCUGUGGCUACUUUUUCUUCUGGGAACAUUCUAAGCGAGGGAGUUGGUCAACCCUCAAUGUCCCUAGAGGCUGGUAAUAGGACAACGGUAUCAGUGGGUACUUGCAGCUCCAUUUUCUUCUCCGGUCUUGGCGGGUGUCUCCUUGGAGUGAGUGGAACAUGGUACAAAGACAGAAUGGUUCUAGAUCCUCAGAGCAACCCGACUAACUACCAGGUCUCCUCGUCGGGGGAGCUCAGGAUAUUGAGUCUGGGGGAGAGCACUGUUGGGAACUAUGUCUGCGUAACCACGCUACCUAUGGACCUGGGUAGUUAUAUCACUACAGCUGUGGGCAUUGCUUUACUACCAACUCCUUCAACUACCGAACCCUUGACUACCAUGACAACGGAUCCUGCAGAUACAACGGGCGUCCCAACUGUGAGUGGAGCUCUACGUGAUUGGGAGAUAGGACUCAUCGUUGCCAAUGUGAUAGUUGUCAUUAUCCUGGUGGUGUUAGUGAUGGUGGGGAUGGCCUGGUUUGUGGUGAGAAGAAAAGAACGUCCGGUGAGGAAAGAUAGUUUACUAAUGGAGAGUAGACAACGCCCAGUCUCCAUGGUCGAGCAGAUACAGCAGAUGGAGGAAGAGACAGAGGAAGUGGACUUUGUUGGUCCAGUGGAGGUUCCAUUCAGCUCCAUCUUAUUUGAGGAACUUGUACACAAAGGGACGUUCAAAGUAGUCCAUCACGCAGUGGUCAACUACCCAGAGCAGGGAAUUAUGAGUCUCCCAGUAGCUGUGAAGAGGCUGAAAGACGACAAAUCUGAGUUGGGCAUGGAAGAACUUAUGGGAGAAGCGUACACGCUCAGAGCAAUACACAAUAAGGCUGGAUCCCACUCGAAUGUGGUGUCGAUGGUGGGUGUGACCACACAGGAGGGUCCAACAUGCCUCCUACUUGAGUUCGUCCCUCAUGGUCGUCUAGACAACUUCCUCCUCAGUCUGAAGGACGGACCAGUGCCAGAGUGGUACAUUCGUCACUUCAAGAGUACCAGUAAAAUACCCUACCACAAACAAAUGUCAGCUGACCUAAUGGGAGUGCUACUGCAGGUUGCCGAGGGAAUGACGUUCCUGACUGACCACGGAUUCAUUCAUCGUGACCUCUCCACUAGAACAGUUCUUAUUGGAGACAGACUCAACGUCAAAGUGUCAGAUCCAGGCAUGAUCCACGAAGGAUACUACUAUGUUGUGACAGAGAGGGAACACUACCUACAGGACAUUGCCCCGGAGUGUCUCUGGGAGAAACGAUACUCCAUCUGGAGUGAUGUCUGGUCCUACGGCAUCCUCGCCUACAAGGUGAUUACCAUGGAGACAGUGCCGUUCCCAGAUGCCACCGUCAGUGACAUGUACGACAAAAUGGUGGGAGGGGACAGGCCUCAACUCCUGGCUAGUUUUAGUAAUGAAAUGUACUUCCUGCUCCAGCGGUGUUGGCAGUUCACAGCCACUGAGCGACCUUCCUUCUCCAACAUUGUCAGCGACCUCAAGGACAUGGCCGAGAAGCCAACCAAGCAUAUCAUCCUCAAUGUCGCCAAAGAACCGCAAAGUGGUUACAUCAGCGAUACAGGACAGGUGUUCCUCCACCCACUACCCUCGUAUAUCGACAACCUUUCGAAGGCAACAAAGAAGAACUGGAGGAACAGCGCCACUCAACAGAGCGUAAUAUCUUCCGUCAAUGACACAAUGUACACAAGAGAUACUGCCGAGACAGUACUGGAUACUCAGUCUGAGAGUGAUAACUAUGAGGGAUAUCUCCGUGGCGACCUACCGUCAUGGAACCAAGAAAAAAACAGCUCAUCCUCUGAGGGGGAGGGGGAAUUGGCCACACCCAAACUACGAGAGAGCAAGGGAACGAGAGUGUGGGUGGAGUCAGCCGGCAGCAAGGUCUACGUUGAGACCACCUCCUUAGCUAGCGAUGAGGAUUCUCGAUCAGAAGCGGUGACAACAAAGAAAAAGAAAAAGAAAAGAGGCAAGGAGCGAGCAACAAAGAAAGGGAUCAUUAAUCCGAUGGCUGCCAUGACAAACAACACGGAGCAAGCUGGGAAUACGAAUGCUAACAAUAACCAGGGGGCGUGUCACAAGAGGGAGGGGAGUGGCAGUACCAAUGAACCACCCUCUGUUACCGAGGAGGACGAGACUAACUGUAGUGUUGCUAAGACUAGUGACCAAUCAGAUAGCAGUAGACUUUUGAGUAAUUCUAGAGAAGAAUUGUGAUUUUAUACUGUACUAAUAAUAAUAUAGAUCUACUGCAUAUUGAAGACCUUGCAAACUGA